AUUCAACGGUAAAAAAAGAAAGAGCAAAGAACGACAUGCAUGUAUAUGCACGCUGGUUUUACCACGAUUUCAAAGGCUGCCAAUACUUUUAAUUUUCGAUGUCGGCUUUUAUGACAAUUCACGUCAUAUACUGAAUACUUCAUUAAUGAGAAGAAACUCACUUUUUGUUAUUUUUUCUUCAAUGCAUUUCUAAAUUUGCUAUCUGGUUUUCAUCGUAAUUCUCUAAUGUCAUUGCGAAUCUUCAAAAUGAGGCGUUUGGUUGGCUUGAACUUGCUAAUCAACUGGUUGCUCAUCUUCUUAUUCAUCUCAUCAAAAGUCGUCUGUGCCUCCGUCAAUUCCACAUCAUCUCCAAGUGCAGACUGUUAUGACUAUAACGAGCAUUGCAACGUCAAGACCUUUUGUCGAAUGAUAAAGCUUCGCAAUGGCACCGAGAUACUAACUGCGCUUAAGAAGAUUGCCCCGAAGCUAGCGAAUGUUUUUAACAUUGGCGGCAGAAAUGUAUUUACUUGCGAGAUUCCAGCUUGUGUUAGUGAACCCUGCAUGUAUGGAGCGACUUGUACCGAUAUUCUGGAUGGAUAUUCCUGCCAGUGCUCCGGGGAAUUCACAGGAAACCAAUGCGAACAUGCACUGACGAAGGUAUUGCUAAGUCAUGAUCGAACCAUCUAUAAAACUGCAUUCGCAACGACCGACAACUAUGAAGUACGUGUCAACUUGCUCAAUCUUUCUUACCAUGUGGUACAUACGGCUGCAGCAAGUCGCAUCAAUGCUGUGGAAUACGACCCUAAACAGGACCAGGUCUACUUUGCCUUUGGGACCAGAAUCGACAGGAUUCAGUGGGAUGGCUCAGGGGAACAAACGUUUUUCAACGGAUCAAAUAUUAUUAGAGACCUUGCUCUGGAUGUGAACGGCCGAAUAAUCUACUGGAUCUUCGAGUAUUCUUACUCAAUUUCGAUGUCCCCAAUGGACAUUAAUCAGCUUCCCGUUGAAGGUGAAUUUCUCUAUGAUACCGGGAUCUCCAAUCCUUUUACGGUGUUUUUCGAUCGUUUCCAAGGGAAUUUAUACUGGGGUGAGAGCUCACACAUUUCACGGAGGAUUGGUAACAUGGAGGAGAGUAUUGUCGAGGAGAACAUUAAAUGGGCAAAAGGAUUGUUCGUCGACACAAAAGAUGAUCGAAUGUACUGGAGCCAAAAUACUAAUCGGAAUAAUAUCGAAUCGGUCAGACUAAAUGGGAAGGAUAGGAAAAUGUAUUUUCCUAACUCGACUGGUAAUUCGAGCAGCAAUAUGUUCCGACGAUUCGUUGUCUUCGAUGGCGUAAUGUACUGGUCGGCACAGAAUACCCCAGGAAUCGGCCGGGUCGAUGUGACCGGAGAUGACCUCAAGUAUUAUCAGCGUGUGCUAGAGCUACGAGUAGAACGCGACGAUGCACACAACGAUAACGAUGACGAUAAUGACGACGACAUGGAUGGGGUAGACGCGCCUUACGGGACCGUCCAACUGGGAGCGAACAUUGAUUUCUAUAUCAACGGGGAUUUCAAAAAUGAUAGAAUUCAUUAUUAAGAAAUAUCUUGCCAAGUCGACUUAUAAAACAUUAUAUGUCGACAUGGCAAGAUAUGAAGUGUCCAAGGCCCUCGAGAGUCUAAAUAUCUCGCCAAGUUGACGUAUAACUUUUUAUAAGUCGACUUGGCAAGAUAAAAUAUCUCGCCGUGUUGACAUGUAACUUUUUAUAAGUCAACUUGGCAAGAUAACGUAUCUCGCCAUGUCGACAUAAUAAGGUUAUCAUGUCGACCUGGCAAGAUAACGUAUCUCGCCAAGUCGUCAAGUCGAUGGCACUUUAAAGGCUCCGUAUGUACACGUACCGGUACAUGUAAAAUAAAAUUAGGAGUGUGCUCUGACGAGUUGGCUGUAUUUUUUUUUUAUUUAUAUAGGCCCUAUGAUUUUUUCUUUAGUUCAGAAUAAAGAGCUUUUAAAAGUUAGAAAUCUAGAAAUGG